AUGGCAAGUUUUGUUCAACGUUGUUUUGCAUUGAAUGACGAUUCAAACGUGAUUCCAUAUCCAUUUACAAUUUGUCCUUCGCCAUAUCCACGAAAUGAAUAUGAAAGAGCAUGUCGAAUUCAAUCUGCAAUCAAUCGACUCGUCUAUCGCCUCGCAUUCGAUAUUCAAAUGAUGGAUUCUGUUCUUGAAAAGUUCAUUGACUGUGAUCCGUUCAUUAAACGUUUGCGACAGAUUUAUGAUCAUAUUCAACAACUUCCAUAUCAAAGUGUUGCUGAGACGUGUAUCAUUCGAACGGAUUAUAUGUUACAAGAGUUGAGUCGGUGUGCGGAAAGAACAAAACUUCGUUUGAUUGAAAUCAAUACAAUUGCCAUUGGUUUGGGAGCAGCAGCAAAAUUAAUGCGAGAAUGGCAUAAGACAUUUCUCACGAAAAUUCAGUCGGAUUUCGUCUCACAAUUACCCGAGAAUGAAUCCCAUGAUCUUGUAAUCGAAAGUUUACUUGAAUCGUGGAAGAUCUAUGGCAAUCCAAAAGCAAUGAUUCUCUUUGUUAUUCCCGAACGUGAAUUUAAUAUAGGUGAUCAAAUGCUUAUUGAACAAGGUCUUCUAUCUCGAUGUGACCAUUCUUCUUUGCUUAUUAAACACGUUACUUUAAUCGAAAUUUCUCGUUGUUGUUCUUUGAAUUCUAAAGGCAUUCUUUUCUUCGGUAAAUUCGAAGUUGCACUUGUCUACUAUCGAACAGCCUAUGAUCCCAAACAUUUUUACAACGAAGAUAUUUGGCAAGCGUAUAUCAUGUUGGAAUCGUCAUGUGCGGUGAAAUGUCCGAGUUUAAGAUAUCAUCUUGCUGGAAUGAAAUGUUUUCAAUUAGCAUUGACGAAAGAGAAUUUUCUCAAAGAAGUUUUCAAAGAAGAACGAGAGUUUAUUGAUGAUGUCACAGAUAUCACAGAGGAAAUGUUCACCAUCGAACAGGCGAUGAAUGACGCAGUGGUUCAACAGCGAAUUUUAGAACAUCCGGAAUCUUUCUAUUUGAAGCAAAGUCGAGAAGGAGGUGGUAAUGUGUAUUGCGGUGGGAUGUUAAAAGAACGCCUUAACGAAAUUGUCGAGAAAAACGAUUCGAAACGUUAUUUCCUCAUGUCGCGAAUUUUUCCUCCAAUUCGUCCAAGUUUAAUUUGUUCGAACGGAAGCAUCACCGAGAAACAAAUCAAUAGCGAAUUGGGAAUUUUCGGCAGUUUGAUAACUCAAAACGGAAAACUCGUUUCCGAACGCUCCGGUGGUUAUUUAUUACGAAGUAAACCAUCGAGUAACAUCGAAGGUGGCAUCGCAUCAGGUCAAGGUUUCAUUGAUUCGAUAUAUUUGGUUUAA